AUGUCUGGCCUUUCAUUGAUCGACUCCGUCAUUGACGACGAUGAUGAAUUCUGCCCCCUUUGCAUUGAAGAAUUUGACCUCUCUGAUAAGAAUUUCAAGCCAUGCCCUUGUGGAUAUCAGAUUUGUCAAUUCUGUUACAACAACAUCAAGACCCAGAACGAAGAAGGUCGAUGCCCAAACUGUCGGCGUGGAUACGAUGAAAGUACUAUCCAGUACAAGAUACCUGACGCCGAAGAGUUCAAAGCAGACUUGGCAUUGAAGCACCGCAAGGCGGCUGCGGCGAAGAAGAAGGAAGCUGAACGGCGUGAAAUCGAAGCCUCCAGUCGGAAGAAUUUGGCCGGUGUGCGGGUGGUCCAAAAGAACCUGGUUUACGUUAUCGGCCUGAACCCUACGAUUCGCGACGAGAACCAACUCCUUCAAACCCUCCGUGGACGCGAAUACUUCGGUCAAUAUGGCGAAAUCGAGAAAAUUGUGGUUAGCAAGGCAAAGCCCGGUGGCAACCCCAACCAAGGCAUUGGUGUCUAUGUGACUUUCUCUCGCAAAAUCGACGCGGCGACGUGUAUAGGCGCGGUGGAUGGCUCCGGGAACGGCGAUCGCGUUCUCCGAGCGCAAUACGGAACCACCAAAUAUUGCUCAUCUUUCCUUCGGAAUGAACAGUGCAACAACCGGAAUUGCACGUUCCUCCACGAGACUGGUGAAGACAGCGACAGCUACAGCCGCCAAGACUUGUCAUCCAUGAACACGAUCUCUACUCCACGUCAAACCCUACCACCUACUCCUUCUCAUGUGCGGACUGCCCAACCGAUCUCCCAUCCUAUGCGCCGGCAGCCGAGCAAAGAUGAGUCGAUCAGCAGUCGCUCUGGUGUUCCAGAUGGCCCCGCUCUUCCGUCUUCUGCUAGCUGGGCCAAUAAGGAUGUCGCAUUCCACCGAACGAGAAGGGCUAGUCUCACUGGCAGUCAGGCGUCCAACAGUCCACGGCCUGCGAGCGUCAAUGUUGCUACUCCUGUUGAGGAGCCAAAACGCGCUGAUAAACCGUCUCCGAUUUCUCAAGAAGCCCCACAAUCUCCCACACAUACGGAACCUCAAUCUCCGGAUUCGCAGCCCCAACCUCGCCCUACAACUCAACACCCCAAACAACCAUCACCAUUUGAUAACCUGUUGAAAGACAUCAACUCCCCCGACUUCAGAUUUUCGUUCAGUACAGCCGAACUCACUGCCGAAGAAGUCAAAUUGAUCAAGGAUUACCCAUCCUUUAUCGAUCCAUAUGGCGGGGUGAAGCGCCGAGCAAUGCGCGAGAAGGUCGAACUGGAGCGCCUAAGCCGCGAGCACGAGCUGCUCCAGUCUGUCGCAGCCGAAGAGGAUAGCCGUGAAGCCGGUAGCCUUCAAUUGGGCGGUGAGCCCGAAGACGCCAACAUUCCACGUGGUCGCCAAUCUCGUGACUUUCAUGGUGCCAUCCAGCCUCCUUCGCAGCAGGAUACUGCAGAAAACUCAACUGUUGGAUCCCCUGUCUCUGCAACAAGCCACCAGUUUCAAGGUCUGAAUCUUGCUGGUCGAAGCUUGACCCCCCUUCAGCAGCAGCAACUUAUGUUACUCAAAUCCGCCGGUAACCAACAAGCUGGCUUGUCUGACCCUCUGAGCUCUGCUGCUCUGGACCAAGCUGCUCAAGUCCGCCAGGGGCUUCUUCACAACCAGAUGGCACAAUUCAACGCGCUGCAGGCAGCACAGAGCCGACAGUCUUCUCGAUUUUCAUUCAAUGAAGCCGGUUCAAAGAAUAUGCCCAAUGCACGUAUUUUGGGUCAGAUGCAAUCUUCAUCUCCCAACCCCCUCUCCGCUCCAAGCCCUCAACAUAGCCUCGCAGGCAAUUUUUAUGCCAGUGGUGUGCAGGGCCCCCCGCCUGGAUUGAAGACUGCUGGUACGCCUCCGAUCAGUGGCGGUGGAAUGUUCGCCCAAGGCCAUGGCUUCACAUCUGGGCUUGGUAGUAAUGGAGCAAAGCAAGAUGCGACCCAGGACUUGAUGCGCGAGCUAAUGCGUGGACGAACUGGAACCAAUGGUAGUAGUGGUAAUGGUGGUCUACAGGGCCAGGAGGCGGCUAAGCGUGAGUUCAUGUUUCCUUUUCUUCAACAGCACAAUACCCCUACCCCACCCCCCAUGACUCCCGCCAACGGCCUUCUUGGCUCUUUCUACGGGUCCCAGACAGGUGCAAUGCCUGACUCUGGUGGUCAACAGAAACAGAAGAAGAAGGGAAGGAAGCAGAGACACGCUAACACUUCCUCCGGUGGAGGUGGUGUAGUAGAUCUUGCGGACCCGAGCAUUUUGCAAGCGAGAAUGCACCAGGUCGGUGCGACUGCUACUGCUGGGCAAACGUUGUACGGGAGUCAGGGUCAAGUCGCCCGGGCGUUCUCCCCAACCGGGUGGUUUGUUUUUAUCUUGCCUACCCUCCGUCACCUGCCCAUUCACGCAUUAUCACACAUCGCUUUCUUUCUCCAGAAGUUUACUGACCCCAAGUCUCUAGUGAGUGAGGAUUUUCCUCCGCUCGGUGAUAAGUCCAAAGAUUUGCGUACGGUUGACAGCUUUGGCUUUCUGAAGUCACAGCUGCCUCACGAGUCAGCGGCUCGUGCUGGCACUCCGACUCUGCCACCUGGUCUGCCGUUACCUCAAGCUCAUCCGUCAUCUUCUGUCUUUCAGGAACAAAUAGGUUCCUCCAAACCCUCAUCCCCUGCUCCAAUCUUGCCGCCAGGGUUGACACCCAACAUCUCACGACUCAACAGCCCAUCUCACAACUGUGACGACAACCAAUCCCGUCCACUGAGCCCUGAACUCACUGUUGGAGGCCCGUUGACCUCGACUCGAGUCAAGGACGCUUCUCAGAUAUCAUUCGGAUCGCCUGUUCAAAAGUCGGCAACCAAGGCUCGCAACCAACGAAAGAGUGAAUUCAAUAUUGGUGCCGAUUUCAAGGAUAUGUCCAUCAAAUCAUUGAACCAAUCACAGCCAAGCUCUACUGCAACGAAGGGCAGCCCACUCGACUUUGGGGCGGCACUGGCCAGCUCUAUCAAAUCCGAACAGGCUCCGGUGAUCCCUGGUCCGGUCUCUGCAACUGAGUCACAGCCCGUUACACCUCAGAUUAUCGCACCUCGGUUGUCUGAUUCUCCUGCCCCCCGACAGCCUCGCGUUCUGCGCGUUGUGGAAACCCCAAAGGUCGAAACUCCACCCGUUAUGACCACGCCCUCUGGACCCGCAUCUGUCGCUGGUGGCAUCAGGACACGGUCCAGAAGGCAGAGCAUCUCUUCCAACAGCAUCCCCGACACUCCUGCUGAUGCUGCAUCUGAAGCUGAUUACUAUCCGUCCACAUCCGUUUCUCGCGCAAAUUCUCCACCCGCCGCUUCUCGUAUCGGCUCUGCCCCAGUUCGCUCCAUGACCAAGAGUCAAGUCAAGAAGGAGAGAAAGCAGAAAGCCAAAGAGGCUGAGGCUAAGAAGGUAGAAACUGCAUCCGUCAGCGAGGAACCUGUCCAAGCACCGAUCAUGGGCCGAAAGCGCAAGACCAAGAAGGCCCCUACCCCUACUCCUAUCCCGAGUGUGGCCCCGGCGAAACCAGCACCCCCUAUUAUGCCCGAACCCGCGAGUCCGGUGAAACCCACACCCACUUCUCCAAUCAAAACUGAAACCAAAGUGAAUACCACUAAAAAGCCGAAAGUCAGGGAGGUCGAGCCUGUCAAAGAACCGACUCCUCCACCUGUCGAAGAGCCACCCCUUCCAAAAGAGGUUCCCGUGGAGCCAUGGCGCUCUAAUAACACCGUGGAGCAGUUGUUGAAAGACUCCGAAGCCAGUGGAAGGAGUGUCAAGGAUCUCUUCAUGGAACGGACCAAGCCUCUUCACGAAUUACUAGCUGAGAUGCACAAGUCCGGCGAACUUGACCUCAACAAGAGUUCACUGUUUAACCCCAGCAAUCUCAAUCAGCGCACGGAUAUGAAGUGCAAUGCAGAUGACUACGAGCUUCUUCAACGUCCCACUGAGCUGAACAUGGCGGACCGUAGAGCACUCGUUCGCGGAGAGCCGCUUAGAUUCGGAGGGGAUAGUCUCAAGACCCGAUGUCUUAUCACACCCCGCGGCUGUGUGCUUCGCCACCUCGACCCCGAGGAAGAGGAGCGGUACCUUGAGCUGGAGAAGAGGUCGGGGGGGAUCGCAGAUCCUAUCAUGAUCGGCGACGAUUCAAGUAACUACGGUGGAGGUCUGGACGCGCUCUUCGCGAAUCCAGAGAAAUUCAAUAUCUGCUGGUUCGAUGAUCCGCCCACUCAACCGGGUGCUACAUCCCCGACAUCUUCCCUUGAAGCUACGGAAGCCGGAAUUCCACCAAACGUGCUCUCCGCCAUGGAGGCAGACAGCACCCGCAAUCACGACUGGGCUGUCGCCAACUCCGCUGAACUGCUCAACACCACCCCAGCUGCCGUGCGAUCCUUUGCUGCAGUCACUGCUCAGCACAUGCUUGGUAACCCGACCAUGCUUGGUGCCAACCCAACUCUUGAUGACAUUGCCGGCUUGACUAAUGAAGAGCUGAGGGAUCUAUCUGCUCGUUCGCAAAAAGAUCUUGAGCGCAGCCGAAAGGACGUCGAUUCACUAGACAAAAAGUUUGCCGGUCUCCUUCGCCGGAACAAGAAGCUCCAACAGCAGGCGCUGGCCCUGGCAGCUGAGUCGGACGUCUGA